CUGCAUCUUGUUUCUAUUGUAUUAACUGUUUAGCGACUAGCGAGUAGCGAGUAUAAUUUAUUUUUGGUUUUUACCACGGAGGCACGGACCGCUGUCGAUAUUAUUUUUUAUUAUACCUAAUACCCCUAAUACUGUCAUUUUACUCAUUUGACAUUUCACUAUUUCUGUAUAUUUACUAUAGCUUGUUUUCAACACUCAUCAGUCUCAGUCAUCAGUAGUUUCAUAAAUAAGCCCUAUAAUGUGGUCAAUUGUUAAUUUUGCUAAAGAUAAUUCAGUUAGUGCAGUCCCGAGUCAUUGGUGGAAAAAUGGAUAUUGUGCCUGGCCAAAAAGUUCCGUUAAACAUCCAUUAUUGUUACUUCAAAGAAGAGCAAUUCCAAAUAAAUUUGAUUAUGAUUUUUUUGAAGCAAGAAUAAUGCAUACUAAAACCCCUAUUAAGUCCUACAUUGAUGCUAAUGAAAGAGCAAGGAAAGCCCAAUUUACAUCAGAAUUUUCUUCAGCUGAUGAAAGUCAGACUAACAGACGUUCCAAUAAAUAUAAUAAUAGAUCUAUUAGCCCUCCAGUUUUCUCAGAUACUGAUGAUGAAAAUAAAAAUAAAAAUCUUGAAAAAAAUCAUUAUAAUAGCCAACCAGUCAAUCAAAAGUAAAAAAAAAAAUCUAUCAAGUUUAAUAGUCAAGUUUUAUCAGAUACUGCUGAUGAUAAUAAAAAUAAAAGUCUCAAAGAAAACCAUUCUAAUAUCCAACCAGAGUCAAUUGAAAGUAAAAAAAAUAAACCCAUCAAGUUUAAUAGUUAAGUUUUAUCAGAUCAUGAAAAUAUGUAUAACUGCAGUCAUUCUAAGAGCCAGCCACAAAUAGAAUCUGGUAAUCUAGUUUUGUCAGACAAUAGUGAUGAAAUAAUGGAUAACGAAGACGACAGUGACAAUUAUAAGACAUAUGAGCCUCCUAAUCAUAAUAGAAAUGAAAUGAAUAAUCAUUUUGAAAUAAUCCAAAGUUCAGUUGGUUCUUGGAAGGUGCAUUUGGUUUCAAAUGAAGAAACUGAUAGUCAAAAUUUAAAUGACCAAUGCAUAAAAUGUACAUCCACGCAUAAAACUCCAGAGAUGAAUAAAGUUAAGAAAAGGCUUUUUAUGUCUGACAGUUGUAUCGAAAAGAAAAAACUGAAAUCCCACCCUAUAGUUUCAAGUUUUGAUAAUUUAUUUCAAAGUUCAACAAAAUCUGAUGAUGUAUUGGAAAUGGAAUCUUCAAAUCUAAAUAAUGAUACUGAGUUUGUAAAUUUUGUCAAAUCGUCACUAACCAAUCUUAAAUAUGAUUUAAAACUCCUUUCUUAUUCAAUUGAUUCUUUAAAAACAAUAAUACAAAGCAUUGAAGUCAAUACCUCACACAUUUCUUCUAUUAAUUCAGAACAUAAUAAUGUUAUGGAUAUUCAAGAGUUGAUAUGGCCUAUAUCAAAUCCAACGCAAUUAGAUGUUAAUGAACAACUGUUGACGGACACUAACAUAAAAAAAAAUGAAGUAAGACUGUUGGCAAGAUUAGUGGGGAAAAGUGUAUCAGAAUCAGUUUUGCGAAUGAUGUCAAAGAUGUUUGAAGAUUCCUUUCUUCGGCAAUAUUCUUUUUUAGGUUUUAAAGGAAAAUCAAAAUUCUACGGGUUAAACUCUUGUCAGAUGCUUUAAGAAGUGAUAAGAAGUUCAUUGCAACACCAGACCAUGAAAUAUUCACUGUAACAGCAAAGUGGUUAGCACAGGCAACUAAUAGGGUUACAAAAAAAAAAAAACAACUUGCCAACUAAAAACUAAUAUAAAUUUAAUUAAUUGUAAAUUUUUACAAGAAGCGCUUU